AUGGUAGAUAGAGAGAUAGGUGAUAAAAUGGUGCUACAGUUGUUAUUAUGUCUAUUGUUGGUCAUUCAAGUACGAAGCUCGCCAACAACUGGUAUGAUAUAUUGUUACGGUGAAUUGUACGUGUACGCUGACGGUCAACAAAUACUGAACAGUAACACUGCUUAUCCGACUGCGUCCUUCCAAGUGUCCGACAAUGUCCAGGUGUUGGGAGUAUCAUGUCGAAAAGCAGGGAGUAACGGUCGAAUUCAAAUGACCCUCAGUAAUGGAAUCAAGACUGACCACUCGUGGACAUGUUCCCCACAGUUUGAAGAAAAUUGGUUCUCUCCAGAAUUUAACGAUUCGGCAUGGCAGGAAGCUACAGUUAGUUUGUAUCCAGUAACGAUGUUUCCGGUGUUCGGGGCGAGAACCUGGAUCUGGACCGACAAUACAACAGACGAUUUCGCUUACUGUAGAAAAAUGCUGAAAACGGAAAAUCAAGAGCCCCAGUGUAAGUGUGAAGAUGUACAACAGGAAGUAACAGAUCUAAAGGCGGAAGUCGCAUUGAUUCAAUCGGAAGUGACGGCACUCAAAGAUUUGGUGAAUGCAUUACAGUUGAACCUGGACAAUCCAGCAGACGACGGAAACGGGAAUAUCGGAGAGGGAGAUAUAUUUGGGUAG